AUGUUCAAACCUACUUAUCUGAGGCGGUUCAAACGACUUUUUCAUGGGAUAAAGAUAUCCGAUGAAGUCAAAAACGCUCUGGCUAUAGGGAAGCCGGUCGUAGCUUUAGAGUCUACUAUUAUCACACACGGAUUACCGUUUCCUCAAAAUCUUGAAAUGGCUAUGAAAGUUGAAUCUUUAAUUCGUCAAAACAAUGCAAUCCCUGCCACAAUUGCAUUCAUUGAUGGUGUUCCCACGGUAGGACUUGGAGCCUCAGAAUUAGAACGGUUGGCCGACACUGCUGGCUCAGAUAUCAUCAACAAAGUAUCUAGGAGAGACAUUGCAUACACAAUAGCCAACAAACAACUAGGUGGUACUACAAUAUCAAGUACGAUGAUUCUUUCGCAUAUGGCAGGUAUCAAAGUUUUCGCUACAGGAGGCUUGGGCGGGGUUCACAGAGGGGCCGAAGUGACUAUGGACAUAAGUGCAGACCUUGAAGAGCUUGGGAGAACACCUGUAGCUGUAGUUUGUGCUGGACCAAAAGCUAUUUUAGAUAUUGAGAAAACGAUGGAAUAUUUGGAAACUCAGGGUUGUAUGGUGGCAACCUAUGGACCCGCUGGUACAAACGUUCCAGGAUUCUACACUAGAAAUUCCGGGGUUUCAUCUCCCUAUAACUUUGAAACAUUUGCACAAGCCGCACAGAUCAUUCACGCAGGAAGAACAUUAGGUCUAGAUUCAGGUUAUUUGAUGUGUGUUCCUCCUCCUACAGGCGUUGCAUUAAGCGAUUCUUUGAUAGAGAGCAUUAUAGACAAGGCUACACAUAGGGCCAAUGAGCUGGGUAUACGUGGAAAAGAGCUAACACCUUUUUUACUGAGCAAAAUUGCUCAAGAUACAGAAGGUUUAUCGGUGAAGAGUAAUAUAGAAUUUGUUUUGAACAACGCCAAAGCUGGCGCUCAAAUAGCUCUUGAGCUGUCCAAAUUGGAAAAGCAAGAUGUCUCUAAGCAGAAAACGCAUAUACCCCAGUUCACUUUCAAAGGUGGAAAAACAAACAGCUGCGUAAAGAAUACCAAAGAUGUAUCUGUGGUAGUCGGCGCGGUGGCUUUAGAUACGCAUUGUUCCAUAUCCAAUAAAACAAGCAUGCAUGACUCAAACCCAGGAAAUAUAUCUGCCGCUAUCGGCGGGGUUGCUUACAAUGUUGCAUUGGCUGCACAUUGGUCCAACAAAUAUCCGACAGUAUCAACAAAGCUAUUAACUAGUGUGGGAAAUGACUUACCAGGAUCGGCCAUUUUAAAAGACCUCGAAUUGUCUACCGACACCAUUUAUGUUGACGAUAAAAAUCCAACGGCGCAAUACGUCUCCAUGCUCUCGAAUGACGGAGAACUCAUUGUUGCCUGCGCAGAUAUGCAAAUAACGACCAAAAUGCCUGAUCAAUUUUUACUGGAUCGGCUGGAAUCCAUUAAGCCUAAAUUAGUAAUUGUGGAUGCUAACGUUGCCACGCAAACUUUACAGCUUUUAUUGAAGCUACAAACUGACUUGAAUUUCAAACUUAUAUUUGAACCCACGUCUGACGCAAAGGCAAAAAAACUCAGUACUCUUAAAGGAAUCGAACCUUUUCCUAAUCACAAAUUCUAUUUAAUAACGCCAACUGUUUCGGAAUUACAAAGCAUUUACUAUUCAUUUGGAAAAGUUGACAAGUUUGACGUCGAUAAAUGGUUCCCUAUUUUGGACUCCCUUCAAGUAGAUACUGCGUUCAGGAACGAGCAAAAUAAGGGCCUCUCAAAAAUCAUAAGAGACGCAAUAAAGAAAGGCGUCUUCCAAAUGGCAUUUAAUCUCCUGCCAUACUUCCCUAAAAUGGUAGUUAAAGAUGGACCAAACGGGCUUUUUGUGUUUACACUGAAGGAAGACAUGGCUGAUAGGGACUCGACAGAAUCUUUUGCUCACUAUUCUUUUGUAUCAAGGGGUUUUCAAAUUGGUGACAAGCAAAUGGGAAUGAUGUUUGAACAUUAUGAAGUGCCAGACAAGACAUUGACGGUAAAAAAUGUAACCGGUGCCGGAGACACAUUUUUGGGAGUUUUGUCUAAUGAUAUUUGCCACAAGGGUGAUAUAUUCAGCUUAAAUGCUACUGAUAGAUUCGCGUCCAUCAAUAGAGCUCAAUUAGGUGCUAAGAUGACGGUAGAGGAUUACGGGGCUGUCAGCAAAUGUCUGAAGCAACUUAAUUAA